UUGACUAAAAUACCAAAUAGAAACCCCCAUAAGAAAAAGAAGAAAAACCACCAUAAAUAUCAAGCUCGAUGCACAAAUUUCUUUCCCUCUUACACUCACCAAACCUUUAAAAAAGCAAAACCAAGACAUCCCACAUCUCAUAUUUCCAUUUUUUGAUUCUUCGUUCCUCCAAUAAUUCUCUCUUCUACCAUUCAUUCAUUUUAUGGUCAUUGGCCAUGACCCAAACCAUGUCAGGCCCAAAUGACUGGCUCCAAUUCUACAACCAAAAUCUCACACCUUCAAUCCCUGACUUCACCGUUACUACUGCAGCUGCUACUACUGCUAUCGUCGCGGCCACGAGUCCUCCACAGGACAUGCCGAAUUUGAGCCCAUCAGGCUCGACCCAUUUAAGCCCGGAGGGGCGCGUGGCUAAGCCCACGCGCCGUCGCUCCCGGGCCUCACGGCGAACUCCGACCACUCUCCUCAACACAGACACCACAAACUUCCGGGCCAUGGUCCAACAAUUCACCGGAGGCCCGAGUGCACCCUUUGCAUCAAACCCAUCAUUAGCACCACAAGUUUUGCCAAACCUCAUGGGCUUUGGGUUCCCCUCACGCCCUGUCCCGAGCCCAACCACCCUCGUCAUGUCACCACCCCCUAUAACAAAUCUUCAACAACAACACAUGUUUCAGCAGCAAAACCAACAGUACAAUUUGUAUAGUACUGGUGGUGGCGCACAAGGUGGAGGAGACAGCAACAACAACAUGUUUUUUCAGAGACUAAGCAACAACGUUAACCCAAUGAGUUCUCCAACAAGCAAUGUUGUUGUUAGCAAUAGUAACCGUGGUGAUGGUGGGGCUGUGAAUAUGGAUCAUGGACGUUUCUUUCCAAACACUUCUUCUUCUUCUUGAUUGAUGAAUCUGAAUCUGAAUCUGAUUAAAGAAGAAGAUGAAGAAAUUAAGCACUUCAUUAUUCUCCAGUAGGAACACGGGUAGCAGUUUUUUUUGUUUUUGUUUUUCUUUGGUCCGCAUGCUGAGGCUCGAAAGUGACAUAAAGCAGACAGUUAGGUGCUAACUUGGCCAGAAUUGUUGACCAACCAAUGUAAAAUACUAUUAUUAUAAUAGUACACUCUUCUUUAGGUUUUUAAUUACUUUUAUUAUUACUACUGUUAUUUACUUUUUUUUUUUUUUUUUUUUUACUUUUAGUUUUUGUUGUUGUUGUUGGAAUUGGGCUCUGCUUCUAGAUAGCCCUGGAUGGCGCAACCAAUCCCAAUGCCCACUUUUUUGUUUUUUAUUUUCUUUCUUUUUUGUAUCUUUCAACUUUUCAAGUACUUGAUUAAUUAAA